AUGUGUCUUAGCACUAAAUUCUUCAGGGACAGGCUACUGGUUUUGUGCGGCAAAGCCCCAUCUGCGGAAGGCCAACGACGAUGUUUUCGGGAAUGGAUUAGGAUCGCAGAGCAGGCCACGGAAUUCCUAUGGGCCCAUGCUCGUCUUUCGUUACCGAAAAAGAAUAAGACUACGCGGGACCAAGGAAAAGUGCUUGUGCUCGGCGGUCAACAACUCCCAGCUAACAUCGAAAGCACUCUGCGCAAGGGACCAAAGUUUGCCUGUGAACCUGAACUGUCACCUCCGGAAAAGGUCAGCCUGUCUAGAUCCAUUUCUCGUUGGGUCACUAAAGACUUUCGACCAAGGUGUGUGACUGAGUGCGUUGAUGUGAUCGCGAGGACUGUACCUCAGUCCAAUAAGUCAGACAACCUAACUGGUGUGUCGCGGUUUUUCGUCAAGCAUGAGCUUAGGUUGGUUACUGCGGACAAAGAAGGUUUCUUUGUUGUUGUUCCUCAAGAAUUGUACGCACAAAAAGCUAAAACCGCUAUUGACAAAAAUUUCGUUCCAAAAAUUACCAAUUUAAAGAAAGUGAAAAAAACUGCCAUUGACUUGCUUGAGAAAUUUGGUCUGGAGCGCCUCGCGUCGGGAGUUAAACAUACCAAGGGUCUCCACCUCGACAUAUUUUUUAGUGCUAAGACACAUAAGCCGGAAGUUCCUUUUCGAGCCAUUAUUUCUGAAAAAGGAACGUGGCAGUACACAGUCUCAACUUUUUUGCAUAAUGUAUUGUCUUCAGUUCGUCUUGAUGACCCCUUCCUGAUAAGACAUUCGGAAGAAAUUGUAGCCUUCCUAACAGAAAAUAAUCCAGGUAAAUGCUCAGCGAUCAGUGUUGAUGUUAAGGACCUUUUUUAUUCGCUUCCGCAAUCGGAACUACUGCGUUGUGUUAAAGAAGCACUGACGCUCAACAAUGAUGAGUUCCGGUUUACUCAGGACUGUGGGAUGCCCGUGGAAUCUUUUUUAGAACUUUUGUUGUUUUACUUAGGGAAUACCGUUGUAAAAUGGGGUAGUUCUAUGUAUGUACAAAAAUCGGGAGUUUGUAUUGGUUCUAAAGUUGCGCCAGUUUUGAGUGACAUUUAUCUAAGUCGCAUUAAUAGAAAACUACAAAACAAUCUUGAGGAUUUGGCGGUGGCCAAGAAGCCACUGCUAGAAUAUUCUGCUUGCCAUUCUAAACUUGUUAAACAGGGGAUAGCUUAUUCAACUCUUAGGUCUGCCAUUACUAAGUCAUGUCCGCACAAUAUGCAACAAAGUUUUUCACAACAGAUAGAAAGGCUUGGAAAAGCUGGCUAUCCAGUGCAUCUAUUAUCACUAACCUGCGAAAAACUUGUAAAAUGGGUAAAAAGCCCCGGUAAGAAACAAUGUAACACGGGUAUAGUUUACCAGAUUCCACUCGAGUGUAGGAAAGCUUACACUGGACAGAGUGGCAGGUGCAUUAACAUUAGACUAAAAGAACACAAACAUUCACUAAACAACCCCAAUGCAUCACAUUUAGCGGCACAUUGUUUCGAUUGUGGUUGCAAACCUUUCUUUGAAGACACGAAAAUUCUUUCUAGACACAGAUGCCAAACCACGCGGGAAAUUAUC